AUGUCGACAAUAUUAGAAGAUGAUAGUGAUGACAGCGAAGAAUGGAUUUCCAUUGAUGAUGAUAAUGAUGAUGACAAUGAUAGUGAAGAUGAAGAUAAUAAGUUAACCUAUCAUCAUAACGAGCCAGAAGAAUUAAAAGACCUGGACUGGAAUGAUUUACCGAAUUUUAUUCGACGUAAAUCCAUCGCCAAUAAUAUUAUUAUUAGAUUACCAUACAAGGGUACUCAAUUUUACUUAGGUUCUGAAAAAGAUUUUCAACAAAAAGAAACCGAUUAUAUGAAACGAACAGGUGCUUACAAAUUGAUAGAUAAACUAGAUGGAAUUCAUCGAACUGCUAGUCAAACAUGUCUAGCCGAUAUUGUCGAACAAGUAGAAAUCAAAUUGGAUAAUUUACUUGAUUCAAAAUGUAUCGACGAAGUACACUAUAUGAAAAUGAAUAUUAGUCGAUUAUCGGUUCGAAUGCAUUAUCUUUAUUUUGUACCAGAAAU